GAAGCUACUGUUCUUCACUUGUCUGCUCUUUAUUUCUAUUGAUCAUCGUCUCUUAAUUAGUUAGUUAUCAUGGCUGCUUCUAAGUCUCUGUUUGUUUUGAUUGGCCUUUUGGGAAUCAUUCUCCUUCUCUCCUUUGAAGUGGUUUCAGCUCGUGAACUAGCUCAGCAAACUGAGAAGGCUAACAAAGAAAUUUAUGAGGAGAAAAAUACAUAUGGAGGACAAGGAUGGCUCCCGGGGAGCGGCUCUGGAUACGGUUAUGGCUACCAACCAGGUGGUGGCUAUUUCGGUGGCUACCAACCGGGCUUUGGCCUUGGUGGUCCAUACUUUGGUGGCAUUCCUCAAGGUGGUUACUAUGGUGGUCAUCCUUAAUUAAUAUGAUCCUUGCUAUAAUGAUUAUUGUAUAAUAAUAAAGGAAGUUAAUAUAUACAUAUAUAUAUAUAUAGGUAUAUGAUAUUUUAAUAAUAUUAUAUAUAUAUAUAUAUAUAUAUAUGUAAGAAUGUAUAACGAAAGUAAGCAUAUAUAUGUUUGUGUGAGAGAAAUAUAACUCUUUGCAUCACCAUGUAUGGUUAAUUUACUCUGUGUAAUAGAAAAAGGUUAUAAAUAAGUAAAAAUAUGGGCUCUUGUUUGUGUAA